CUCCUUAAAAAAAUAAAAAUAGAAAGAAAAUCAAAAGUACACAAAAAGACAAUUAUAAUUACUGCAAUCAAAUGCCAACUGUAAGACAUUGAUACUUCUUAAUCAUACUUGAAAAAGGCCAGCACUAAAUAAUCAACCAUACUUUACACAGUCAAAUUUUAAAAAAUAAAAUAAAAAAAAGAAUAUCAGAUAUUGGUGAUCCAAGCAAAUGAAAAUCCUAUACUUCGUAACAGUAACACUGUAUCAUUGCACGAGUGACAGACAGGUUGAAUUUACAUGACCUCUUAAAUAAAAAUCUACUACAGGUUGCUGAAUGAAUGUCUGAAAAGCUGAUUGAGUUCGCUGGUUAUGGAGAACAUAGAGAGACAUAGGGUUAAGGUUUUUCCUAAUGGUGAUGUAUAUAAUGGUGAUAAUUUGGGCAUGGUUCCUCAUGGAAAGGGGAAAUAUACAUGGUCUGAUGGGACGACGUAUGAGGGUGAUUGGGAGGAAGGAAAAAUGACAGGGAAGGGACGUAUUAGUUGGCCUUCAGGAUCAAUAUAUGAGGGUGAGUUCUCUGGUGGUUAUCUUCAUGGUCAAGGAGCUUUAAAAGCUACUGAUGGAUCUGCUUAUGAUGGGGCGUGGCGGAUGAAUACGAAAGAUGGGUUUGGAAAGAAAAAUUACGCAAACUCUGAUUUUUAUGAAGGAUCUUGGAAAAAAGGCCUUCGCCAAGGAAGUGGUAAGUAUAUGUGGAGUUCAGGAAAUGCAUACAUUGGUACAUGGAAAUCGGGGAUGAUGUGUGGAAAAGGGCUUUUAAAGUGGGCGAAUGGUGAUAUUUUUUAUGGUUCUUGGUUGGAUGGGUUACGGGAUGGAUCAGGUUUCUACCGCUUUUCUGAUGGGGGUUGUUAUUGUGGAACUUGGAGCAGGGGGAUAAAAGACGGAAAAGGAACAUUUUAUCCUGCUGGAAGUAAACAUGUAUCUCUGAAGAAGUGGUUUAAAUCAGCAGGUUAUCAUGGAAGUCUAAGAGGUGAGCUGUCUCACAGUGCAUCCCUGGGUUUCGAAGAGAAUAAUAAGACAUCAGGACCAAGGAUUAAUCGCAGUGUUUCUGAAAGAAUUUCUAGUAGUAAAUCAAGGAAAAGUUCAAGUCGAAAUUCAUCUAGGGCUUCUUUUGAAAGAGACUUCAUUCUUGGCGACAUUCCCACAGACUUAUCAUCGAAGGACAGCUCUUGUCAACUCAAUAGUAAGUCUAGUGAUGAUCAGUAUGAUGAGCAGGAAGAACGUGAUGUAGUCUUUGAAAGAGAAUACAUGCAAGGUGUCUUGCUUAGAGAGCGUUUAAGGAAAAAUGACGGAAAAUCUUUUAAAGUCAAGCGCAGUAAAUACAAUCCAAAAAAGUCCAAAAGUCGUUCUUGCAUCACGAUUUCCAGUGGCAACCAGAGCCACUAUUUUAUGCUUAAUCUACAACUUGGUAUCAGGUAUACUGUUGGCAAGAUAACACCAAUUCCUGCCCGUGAAGUUAGAUAUACUGAUUUUGCUGAACAAGCCAGAAUUAAAAUGUUUUUUCCCAAAAAGGGUUCUCAACUUACGCCUCCACAUUAUUCGCUGGAUUUCUACUGGAAGGAUUAUUGCCCUAUGGUAUUCAGGAACUUGAGAGAAAUGUUUAAGUUAAAUGCUGCAGACUACAUGAUGUCCAUCUGUGGUGAUGAUGGUUUGAGAGAGAUUUCUUCACCAGGGAAAAGCGGCAGCUUGUUUUACCUGUCGCAUGAUGAUAGAUUUGUGAUUAAAACUUUGCGGAAAUCUGAGUUGAAGGUUUUCCUCAGAAUGCUUCCAAGCUAUUACAGUCAUGUACAAAUGCAUGAGAAUACUCUUAUUACAAAAUUCUUUGGGCUUCAUCGCAUAAAACUAAAAUGCGGAAGGAAGGUACGGUUCGUGGUCAUGGGGAAUAUGUUCUACACUGAGUUACGAAUUCAUCGUCGUUAUGACUUGAAGGGUUCAUCUUAUGGAAGGUCUACAAAUAAAGAGACAAUGAACCAAAAUUCUACCUUGAAAGAUCUUGACCUGAAAUAUGAAUUUUACAUGGAUCGAUCAUUGCGUGAUGCCCUAUUUGAACAAAUCGAGUUAGAUUGCAGGUUUCUAGAAUCUCAAAACAUAAUUGACUAUAGUCUUCUGUUGGGGUUGCAUUUCCGAGCACCUGAGCAUCUAAAGUCUUUCUUGGAAUUACAUGAACCUUUAUAUGAUGCUGAGAAUAAACCUGCUGCUGAUGGUAUGACCUCAAUAGCAGGGUUAUCAGUUCCUCCAACAGGUCUGAUGUUGGUUACACAUGAGCCGGGUUCAGUGAACACUGCUCCAGGUCCUCAUAUAAGAGGAAGUACAUUGAGGGCGUACUCUGUCGGUGAUAAGGAAGUUGAUCUACUCCUCCCUGGAACUGGAAGGCUAAGGGUACAAUUGGGUGUAAACAUGCCGGCUCUAGCAAAUCGUAAGGUUGAAGAAAAUGAGGUAGAUUCAAUGGAAGUCGAACUAUUUGAAGUCUAUGAUGUUGUUCUGUAUCUUGGCAUGAUAGAUAUAUUGCAGGACUACAACUUGAGAAAGAAAAUUGAGCAUGCAAGCAAAUCUUUGUUAAUAGACCCAGUGUCAAUCUCUGUUGUUGAACCGAAGUUGUAUGCAAGACGUUUUAUUGAGUUCUUGGAGAAAGUUUUUCCUGUUCUUUGAAUGAGUUGAACAAUGUUCUUUUUAUCUUAUACAUCUCUGCCGCGACUGGCUAUUGCGAUUUAGGGCAAUACAGUUGCAGAUAUUUAUUAAUGGAUCUUCAUGUGCAGGAUUAUAUAGAAAUGGUCAUAGAUUGCAUAUAACAGCAAUAUCAGUGCCUUGUGCAAUUGUUCGUAAGCAUCUAUUAGUCAUCAAUUGUGGGAUGUCAUAUUCACUUGUAUCUUAAUUUCUUGUUUGGGGAAAAAGUAUAGGGAAGAGAGGGAUGUGUUUACUUCUGUAAAGUUUAUUUUUUUUUCCUUGAGAAAUACUCUUGUAAAUUGGUUGAACAAUUGGUAUUCUUAAAAAAUUUGCCAAAUUGGCUUCGUUUAAUUACUACUUCGUAUUCCGUUUU